AUGGGCGCCUAUCUCUAUGGGCGCCUAUCUCUAGGGGCGGCUAUCUCUAUGGGCGUGUAUCUCAAGGGGCGCCUAUCUCUAGGGGUGCCUAUCUCUAUGGGCGCCUAUCUCUAUGGGCGCCUCUCUUUAGGGGCGCCAAUCUCUAGAGGCGCCUAUCUCUAUGGGGCGGCUAUCUCUAGGGGCACCUAUCUCUAUGGGUGCCUAUCUCUAGGGGCGCCUAUCUCUAUGGGCGGCUAUCUCUUUGGGCGCCUAUCUCUAUGGGCGCCUAUCUCUAGGGGCGCCAAUCUCUUGGGGCGCCUAUCUCUAUGGGCGCCUAUCUCUAUGGGCGCCUAUCUCUAUGGGCGCCUAUCUCUAUGGGCGCCUAUCUCUAGGGGUGCCUAUCUCUAUGGGGCGCCUAUCUCUGGGCGCCAAUCUCUAGAGGUGCCUAUCCCUUUGGGCGCCUAUCUCUAUGGGCGCCUAUCUCUAGGGGCGCCUAUCUCUAUGGGCGCCUAUCUCUAUGGGCGCCUAUCUCUAGGGGCGCCUAUCUCUAUGGGCGUCUAUCUCAAGGGGCGCCUAUCUCUAGGGGCGCCUAUCUCUACGGGCGCCUAUCUCUAUGGGCGCCUCUCUUUAGGGGCGCCAAUCUCUAGAGGGGCGCCUAUCUCUAUGGGCGCCUAUCUCUUUGGGCGCCUAUCUCUAGGGGCGCCUAUCUCUAGGGGCGCAUAUCUCUAUGGGCGCCUAUCUCUAGGGGCGCCUAUCUCUAUGGGCGCCUAUCUCUAUGGGCGCCUAUCUCUAUGGGCGCCUACCUCUAUGGGCGCCUAUCUCUUUGGGCGCCUACCUCUAUGGGCGCCUAUCUCUAGGGGCGCCUAUCUCUAG